AUGAAACGUAAGGAGUAUGAUGGCAUUCAUGAUGUUGCGAAAGCUGACAACAUGAGCAGGAUUUCUAUUCUCGAUCCUAGACGAUUCACACCAACUUUGCAUGCUAAUUUGGUUGCCGAAAUUUUGACUUUACGUAGGGACCAGGAAGAGAGAAUCAAGAUCAUCGAAAGUUUGGAAGAAGCACUUCAUGAUACCCGUGGAGAACAUGAAUCUCUGCAGGAUCUUCUCGCCGAUAAUGCAAAGGAGAAUCGGUCGUUGAAGCGUCAGUUGGCCUUACUGGAAGGUGGAACCUCAUCUGCUUUAUCGGAAUUGGCAAAGGAGAGAGAUGAAGCCGUCGAAACUACCACGGAGAUGCGCCGUCGAUUGGAAGCUAUUCAGAAGAAACUCAAAAGCCGUGAUGAGGAUGCCGACCGCGUACAAAAUCUCUGGGCCAACGACAAGGACACUUGGGAUGAAGAGAGGAGAAAACUAGAAGUAAAGAUUCAUGUUUCGGAAAACAGGUUGAAGACAGUCUUGGACGAAGUUACCGCCUAUGAAGCCAGUCUUCUAAGGACCCAACAACAGGGACCCGAUACGGAAGACAGAGACAAUGGAACAGAGAGUGAUGGUGGUAGUGUGCGGACGAUGAGUUUAACCAACAGUAUACGCUUCUCGAUGCUCAAUGGACCCAAUGGAUACGGAGUCAUCAAAGGGAACGGUCUCAGUCUUGCUGAUGAAUUGGAUCUCGAUGAUGAAACCGAUUAUGAAGGUGGCCGCGAUAGUGUUAUGUCAUCUCCUGAGAAACAUCAACGAACUCAAAGUCGCGAAAGUAUCUUAUUCCGCACUCACUGCAGGAACCAGAGUGGUGACAGUAUGAAGCGACCUGGAAGUAUCAUAAACCGAGGUACAUCGUUACUUAGCCAAACGCUUUUAGAGAUGUCAGAAAGAGGUAUUUCAGAGAACGAUGAUAUUUUAUCUCAACCCAAGUUCCAAUACGUCGACACUGGUGUUCAAUACACUCCUCCACCAUCGCCGAAAUUAUCUCUAGUGAUCGAGACAGUCUCUAUUAUCGAACCAACAGCGCUAGCCGAGAUACAAACCCCGCAAAUCCUCGAGAAACAGUCUCCACUUGAAACAACAACUAAAGAAUGGGAGGUUGGAGCGAACCAGCGAAGAAAGCGUGUGUAUACAAAUCCUCCCUUGGUCAUAGAACCUCACAAAGAUUCCCCCAUGGUAUCUGCAGCAUCACAAACUGUGGACGAGCCUCUUAGCCCCCCAAGAACACCAGUCUCUCCAACCAGAGCUCCACCACAACCACCUUCUAGAUUCACGCCUAUCGAAGAGAAAAUUGAGACGACUUCCACUUCCACACAAACAGACACUCAAAUCGAAACCCCCAACACAUCGCCAACAUCACCAAAGCGUAUCCCACCUCCCAUACCUAUUCCAUCGAUUCAACUGCACCCACCUUCCUCAGCCCCAGCAACUCCUCGUGAGUCAUUGUUGCCACAACUUUCCAAAGAUGUAGGCUGUCAAGUUGCAAUUUCAAAGCCUAUAUCAACAAGAUCCAUGGCUGUACAAACAGAAGAAAUUAGGGUAGCCCAACGGUUGAUGUCUCUUCCACCUCAUCUUCACCCAUCUAUAAUAUCGUCCGGCCCUCCAUCACCCGAGAUAAGACUUGAAGGCCUUCAAUUCUCACCAAUUCCGGACACUCUUCCUCCCAAGAACCCGCGUCGCCAAAGCAGCCAACGAAGCAUAACAACGCUUCCAUCCUCGCCGCCUGCAAUGGAGAUCAAAGAUGCCUACCCAGGUAAUAAUGAUGAUGGACCUCUGGCGAAAGAUAGAGGUCAUAUUAGAAGACCUCAUCGCAUCAGCAGUCUUUUUGCAGGCUUUGAUGGUGCAAGUUCUGAUGAGGCUGAUGAAUUUGGCGAUGGUGAUAUUAGCGAUAAUGACUUCAGGACAGCACUUUCUGCGCCUAAACCAACUAAGAAGGAUGCUAAGAAAGUUUCACAAGUUUCAAAAUCACUUCCUCAAAAAACGGAAAUUCCUGAUAUCUUGGCCAUUAAGAAUCGCACUAGCGAAGAAAAUGAAGCCGAUGAUCAUUUCGAUGAAGAAGCAUUAGAAUUGCCUCCAGGGACAUCCGCCAAAGCCGCUCGGACUCUUGGUCAAGCUCUACCUAUUGUGUCAAUGGCGAAGCCAGCUCAAAUGCAUCGUGCAGCUCUUAUCCAAAGUGGUGUUAAGGCUCAUCGAGCUCGACCUGGCAGUUCCGGAUUGUCCGAAGAGGUCGCACCUCCAUUUCCAAUACCUACCAGAGCUAGCUCUCGAAGAACUGGAAUUGCUUCGAGCGCCCCGAGCGAUGUUACUAGAACCCCCAGCAAUGGACGAGGAUCAAAACUUCAUCGUGCAGGUAGUGUUGGCCGAGCAGGCAGUGUUAGAAAAGUUCGAUCCACAGCUGCUGUGAAUAGAAGUAGACGUAUUGCGCGACGUUCUGAAAGCAGAUCACCGCCUAUGUCACCAACUCUAGAACCUGAAAGCCCUGGCUUGCCACCACUUCCCAGCAACGAUCUUACUACUCCACGAUUCUCAAAGGAUAACGGCAGCAGUCGUUACAGAACGCAUAGACAUCAAUUGUCGACAACAAAUACUGCUGGAUCAUCGGCGGUUACUGAUAGUCAAACUACUAACCAAGCCACAAGUGUCGUGGAUGCUAUUGCACAGACGAUGGUUGGAGAGUGGAUGUUUAAGUACGUUAGAAGACGCAAGUCCUUCGGAGUUUCUGAUCAAGAUGGAGACAAUGCGACUAAUGGUGCUCGUCACAAACGUUGGGUUUGGUUGGCACCCUAUGAACGGGCUGUCAUGUGGAGUAGUAAACAACCCACGUCUGGAUCCGCACUGCUGGGCAAAACCGGAAGGAAAUUAACAAUUCAAUCCGUCCUGGAUGUUAAAGACGACAAUCCACCACCAAAGGGAUCUAGUGGGGUUUUCAAUCGUUCAAUUCUGAUUCUUACUCCGGCACGCGCUCUCAAGUUCACUGCUGUUUCACGAGAACGACAUUAUCUCUGGCUUACUGCCCUAUCCUUCCUUGCACAUUCAUCGCAGGCCGUGCCUGAUGUUAUUGCACCUAAUUCUGCUGCAACACUUUCUACCAAAGCUCCUCCGCUACCCGACUUCCAAAAGCCUAGUCGUAUGCAAAAGACUCACAAAAUACGAGAUUCGAUCAAGGUCGCGAAGGGAAAGAGUUCAUUCAAUCGUAGCAGCUCUGCCAGAACUUUUUCAACUUCUCAGCAAACAGAUACAACUACUAGCGUUCGCGAUAAUGAAUCGUUUUACACAAAUUCACACUCAGUACGCUCGGAACCCGCGGAAGCACCAUUCGUCCCUCGAUUUUCCGAAAGAGGAAUGGGUGGCCAUGGCAGGAAGCGCAGUAAUACCGGCUCGCAUAUUCCGCCUCCUUUAUCUUUCCGAGGUUUCAGUGGUAGUCAUGUACCUACCCACAGUACCGCAGGAAUGAGUGAUAGAACAGUAGAUUCUUCGGAGAACCAAAGCUCUUACCAUUCUCAGCAUUCUUCGGUAGCAGGUUACAAUGGACCUAGUAGUCGUUCAUCUAUUCGUACAUCUGAUGCUAGUGCACGUCCAGGAGUUGUUGUUAAUAACUUCUUCGAUGCAGUAGGAACUGUGCGAAUGGAAGCUUUUAUUUCUCCAUUAGGUGUUACGAGAUUUGACGAUUUUCCCGAUGAACAAGAUGAGAUGGAUAUGAUGAGUCUGCAGCGUCGACGCAGCAGAGAUGGAAGGAGGAGGAGUAGAAAUAAGGAAUCUUUUGGUGUCAGUCGAAGUGGAUUUGGUGGAUUCGGCGGAAGAGCAAUAGAGGAUUGGUAUAGUGGAAGUAGAACUGCCGGGGAGGAAGAAUAUGGUCAUCGUGACUUUGAGGAGAGAUCGGAUAAAUUUGGAAGAGAUUCUAGGGAGGAUCCUUUCACAAAUUUUUGA